AGGGGUCUAGAUUUAUAAUCUAAUCUAGACUAGAGUAUAGACUAGAUGUCAGAUUGAAUAUAACAUAUAAAACAUUCAAGAUCUAGAUCUAAAUACAAAGUCUAGAUCUCAGUAGAUCUAAAUAAUCUAAUACUACUAAUUACUAAUAGAUCUAGAUUGUAUUUAAUGUUCUUGUUCAAAUUUGAGGCAUUAAGAGAUGAAUAAUCAAUUUAGUGGUAAUAAAAAUCCACCUUGGGCAAGGCAAGAUUAUGGCAAUCAAGGUGUUGCUGGAAUCAUGCAACCCAAUGUAGCAUAUCCUUAUAAUCAGGGACAGACACAGUUUGCUCAACAACAGAUAGGACCUCCAGCCAAUUUACAAGCCGCCCCAGGAGCUCUUCUGUCCCAACCAGGUCUCCCUAUGCAACCUUCAUUAGCUGGAAAUAAUGCACAGGUUGGUGCUGUUAGCUAUCCCAUCAAACCACCAGGCAAUGCUGCUGCUGUCCCUAACCAGAAACAAAGGACAUUCACUGGCAAUGUUACAAAGAUGCAUGAAAACUUUGGUUUUGUGGAUGAAGAAGUGUUCUUUCAAGUCAGCUGUGUCAAAGGAAUGCUACCCAAGGUUGGAGAUAAAGUCCUUGUGGAAGCCUCUUACAAUGCUAACAUGCCUUUCAAAUGGAAUGCUACCCGAGUUGUUCCCCUACAUGAUGCCUUGAGUGGAAAUCAAAUGAUGGCAAUGCAGCAACAACAUCAGCAACAACACCAGCAGCAGCAACAGCAACAAUUAAAAGCCAUACAGCAGCAGGCCAUUGGUCUAAUGGCAGUCCCUGGCCUAAUGGGUGGCAUGGGUAACUUGCCUAGCAACCAAGGCCCUCCUCCUCUCAUGCCGGGGAUGGGCAAGUUUCAAAGUGGAGGUAUGUUCAACUCUGGGAAUCGUUCUGGAAUCAACACUGGUCCUGGUUUGUUGGGUGAUCCUAUGCCUAGGAAUCUCAUGUCCAACAAAGAUCAACGAGGCAUGACUGUGGGAAGUAUGUCUUCUGGUGAGACACAAAAAGAGAGAGAUCGUAGAGAAAGGGAGAGGCGUGAGAGAAGAGACACGAGGCGCAAAAGAUCUCGGUCUCCAGUGAAACGAUCCCGUUCUCCUCCAAAAAGAUCACGCUCACCUCCUCCACGGGCUAGAAGUCCUCGCAGUCCUCCUCCUAAAAGGAGAGUACCUCGACCUCCACCAAGAUAUGUGGUUCAAGUGCCGAAAAUUCUUUUAGACGCCCAAGAUACUUGUGUGGUGUCACUGAAGAACAAAUACACCAAUCUGUACAUACCUAGUGACUUCUUCCACGCUUCCUUUUCCUGGGUGGAGAACUUCCCCUUGACUAGACCUUUCACCCUUGGCCAGGCUUGCAAUUUUCAUGUCAUGCACAAAGAUGUGCCCCCUAUCAAGCCAGUGACAGCUGUACUGGAUCCAGGUGACACUGAUCACCUUUUUAGUGCUAAGGUUAUGUUGUUGGCAAGUCCAUCUGAAGAAGAGCUGUACAAAAAGUCCUGCUGCCUUGCUGAAGAUCUUCCUGAUGCCUUUGAAAAUUUCCAGCAUCCAACCAGAUUGUUACAAUUUCUUGUAGGAACCCGUGGCAAGAAUGAGCCCAUGGCCAUCGGUGGACCGUGGUCUCCUUCAUUAGAUGGCCCCAAUCCUCACACAAAUCCACUGGUGCUCAUCAAAACAGCUAUUCGCACCACUAAGGCUCUGACUGGAAUAGAUCUCAGCUCAUGUACUCAGUGGUACCGAUUUGCAGAGAUUCGCUACUUCAGACCAGAGAGUAAGCACAAAGACCGGGUUCAGCCCGCCCGGGUGGAAACUGUCGUCCUUUUCUUACCAGACGUCUGGACCUGCAACCCAACCCGUCUGGAGUGGAACUCCCUCCAGGCGGCCUAUCAGAAGCAGCUCCAGCAGACACUGAAUCCAGACACUGCUCAGCAACAGGAAGAGGAAGAGAGUGAGAUGCAGGGAAUUGAUGAUAAAGCAGAGCCCUCACACUAUUCAACUCUUGAUCCAAAAGUGAUGAAGGUAGGUGAACUGAGAAAAGAGUUGGAACUCCGAAAUAUAACCCCUAAAGGUUUAAAGUCUCAAAUGGUUGCGAGACUUGCUAAAGCUUUGAAAAUGGAACAAGAGAAAGAACAAGAAGGAAAAGAAAUUGAGGCAGAGAAGGCAGCAGAAGAAGAAGCUUCGAAAUUGGAAGAAGAAAAUGAAGAUGAAGAUGAGGAAAAAAAUGACAUCAAGAAGAAAGAAGAUGAAGAGCAGCUGCGUAAAGAGAAGAGAGAAAAGGCUAUCCUUGAACGUCGUUACAAACUACCAGAAAUACCCUCUGUGCUGGUUCAUCCAUCACCAACUGCCAAAAGUGGCAAGUUUGAUUGUUCUGUGAUGUCACUUAGUUUGUUACUGGACUAUAGACCUGAAGACAAUAAGGAACAUUCCUUUGAGGUGUCCCUGUUUGCUGAGCUGUUCAAUGAAAUGUUAAUGAGGGACUUUGGCUUUCAAAUAUACAAAUCUAUUGCCUGUGCCCCACCACUGAAAGAAGAAGAGAAGAAAAAGGAAGACAAAAAGGAUAAGGAGGAGAAAGAUAAGAAAGAAGAAAAGAAAAGUAGCAAAGACAGAAGUGAUGAUGAUAGAGAUGACAGAAGAGAUGAUGAUGCCAGUGAUGAGGAUGAGGAGCGUGAUGAUGAUGACAGGAGAGAUAGAGAUGACAAGAAAAAGAAGAAAGAUGAGGAGAAAAAGAUGAAGACUGUUGACCCUGGGCUGCUCCUGGCAUUCUCUUACUUUGAUCAAAACCACUGUGGCUACCUGACUGACAAAGACACUGAGGACAUUAUCCAUACACUUGGACUUAAGCUGUCUCGGGCCCAGAUUAAAAAAAUUCUGCAAAAAAUUGUUCAGAAAGAAAGUUUUAAAUAUCGCCAACUUACUGAUGCUGAAGUGGAUGACAACGGAGUGGUGAUUUUCAAAAUGGAUGAGUCAGAAAAUAAUCAGACGAAUAAACCUGACAGCGAACUCUUAGCAAGAGGCAACAAAGAGAGUCUGCGUAAACUGUUAGAACUGUCUGGAACUAAAACUGAACCCACUGGACAGGGUGCGGCUUCCUCAACAGUGAGCGACGCAGACAAUCCUAACUUUGUCUACUACAAAGGAGCUCUGGUGGACAUAGAAUCUCUAAUGCAAAGACUAGACAGAAGUGAAAAGUCUCGCACAGCUCUAGAGAAGAAUUUACAGGGUCUGACUGGAGAGUUGGAAACUGUUAAAUCAAACUUAGUAGAAGAGGGCAACACCACUACAAAACUCCAACAUGAUCUCCGUAAAGUGCGCAGCGACCUGGACAAAGAAAGGUCAUUAUAUUCUGCAGCAGAUUCUCUCAACAGAGAAUGGCAUAAAACAGCUGUUGAGUCGAGGUCCUACAUGAUGAAUGCAUUAAACAGCAUCAACACAUUGCUGAACAAGGAGGACAAAGGGAAAAGUGAAGAGCACAGGUCCAAGGGAGAUGACUACAAAUCAAAAUCUGAUGAGCAUAAAAGGAAGGAGAUUAAGAAACAGACUGAGGACAAAGAGAUCAAAGUGGAAACUAUGGAGAAUUGAAUUUGCAACUGAGUGACUUUUAUGUUAAACAUUGAGUUUUUUGGCUUUCUUUUGUUAGUGUGUCAAUGUUCCACCUUGAAAUGUGUGGGUGUUAUUUUCAAAGUUUAUGCUCAUAGGGAUAUUAGCUGAAUGUUAUUCAGGCCCUAGAUCUAUAUGUGCAUCUUUUUCCCUUUGAAAACUGAAAAUGUAAAGAGUUUUAAAAGUCUGUGGACAGCCAUUUAUGAAGAUUUUAUAUGUUCAACACAAUGGCCAACCACCUUUCACAGCAGAUGUCAGGGUAGAGCUAGGUAGAAUUAGGAACAUUCAAAAAGCCUUGGUAAAAACCACAAUGUUCAUUAUUAUUGGAACCAGUUAACUGCUUUACCACUGUGCUGGCAUGGCCACGUAACCACCACAUUCCCAAGUACUUCAUAAAAUAUAUCAGUAGCUGGCCAAUAAUACUUCUUAGUAAUUACUAGCCAUUCUUAGUUACUGACCAACUAGAACCUGUACCAAAUGGAAACCAGCGUAGGUACCUUUCUAGUAAUGCAUAGAAACUAGCACUAAGACUGGUCUGUUAGUAUGGAUGCAUCAUGCUGCACUUGUGGCAGGGAAGUUCCACCUAAGGAGCUUUUUUAAACCAAGAAACUUUGUUACCAAUAGGUAGUAAUUCAUAUUAUUUUCAUGUUUAAUUUCAACAGUUGUUUCUCUUUGUGCAUGAGUCAAGUGUUUUUUGGUUAUUUUUUUAAGAAAGAAAGUUAACUUCCUAUUAUUUUCAAUGAAUCCCACAUCAGCAUUUUGAUUGAGAAAUUUUCCUUUUGAAUUUUGUUUAAAUGUAAUAUUUCUGACAGUUGAAGUUGUACAGAUCUUUUUUUUUUUUUUGUUGUUGUUUAAAAUUUUUUAGUUGGCAUUCAUACAGUAUUUUUGUCUUGUAUAAAAAAAAAAGGUUAUUGUAACAAAUCACAAUAAAUGAAGUUUAUGAACUCAA